AUGGCUUUGCGGGAGAGGGGGGUUCUUUUUGAUAGAUUUUCAAUGCGGAUCUAUAAUAUUAAUGAAGCUAGUGUUGAUCGCAGUGCUGCUGGUGGCGGCGCUCUGCUCCAAGCGACCCGACCCGGUCAAUAUUGCCUCCAUCGCCAAGGGCGACUCCGCCAAGGAUCCCGUCCUCUUCUGGUUCAACGGCGGCCCGGCUGCUCCUCCCUGCUGGGCGCCCUCUACGAGCACGGCCCCUUCCUCAUCAAUGACAACUUCGCCUCCAUCAUCUACAACCAGUACUCCUGGAACCAGAAGGCCAACGUGGUCUACAUCGAGUCCCCCGCACAGGUCGGCUUCAGCUACACCGAUGGCAAGGCCCCCACCUGGAACGACGACCUCGUCGCCAAACUCAACGCCAAGGCCAUUAGAGAGUUCUUCAAUGUGUGGACCGAAUUUGCAGGAAGGGAUACUUAUAUUUCGGGAGAAAGCUACGCUGGCAUCUACGUGCCUACGUCUUCUACGAGUAAAUACUGUAUUCUAGUCAGAUUGCACUCGACCAACGACAAGGACCCAGUAAAGGUGAACCUGAAGGGCUUCGCAGUGGGCAACGGUUGCACCGAUCCCCUCGAGUGCGAGUUCCAAAACGACUACGGACCCUUCCUGAUGCAGCUCUUCCGCGACUACGGCUACAUCACGCAGGAGAAGUUCGAAGAGUCGACAAGAAGUGCAGGGACCAGGGGCAGUCCUCUCCCAGGAGUGCCAGGACAUUCUCCAAGAGGUAGCGAUAGUGUUACGAAGGUCGAAGGACUUGUCGAUGGAUACAACAUCUACGAUGCCUACCGCCCCUGCUACGAGAAUUAG